UUCAGGAUGACCUCCGUCAUCUCUAAAUUUAUCAUCAAGACCCUGUGCGACAACCAGGGAAGUUUGGACUUCAGGCGCCUGGAUGAGAAGAUCGGGCAGAGUUUCACUGUUGCGGAGCCAGUCCUGCGGAGUGUCCUCUUCGACGACGGUAAAAUAGCCAUACAACAAGGCCGACAGAAGGUCGUCGGCAAUCAAAUAAUCAGCUCGGAUAGUCUGGUAGUGGUUAAAACCAGUCUGCGGAUCUGUCAGAAAAAACCCGGAGAGUGUCAACAGUGCGAUGGGUUACACCUCUGCAGGUAUUUUGUUUGCGGAGACUGCACGUUCGGACUCAAGUGUAAAAAUCCCCAUAGUCUGGCUUCUCCAUACAAUGCAGAGCUUUUGAAGAGAUAUGAUCUAAACGAUUUGACGGAGAAACAGCUGUUCCAGCUGUUACUGCAGAAUGACCCUUAUCUGCUUCCUGAGAUCUGCCCACAUUACAACAAGGGCAACGGUUUGCACGGUUCCUGCAAGUACACCAAUUCCUGCACCAAGCUUCACGUCUGCCAGCACUAUCUCCAGGGUGACUGUAAGUUUGGCUCUAAGUGUAAGAGAACCCAUAAUGUUGAUGUGGAUGGAACGAAGAUCUUCAGAGGAUUCAGUCAGGAGAAUAUUCAAAACCUUCCGGAGAUCUACAGAAAUAAAUUCAUCAUCAUGGGCCAACAGGAGAGACAGGCUACUGCUGUUCCUGUGCUGCCAGAGGUGAGAAUCCCCACUCAGAAACCUUCCAACAGCAACCCUGGAUCCCCCACUAGUGCUGCUUGUCCAUCUAAACUCAUGAGCGACGCUGACAGGAAUGAAAUCUGCCUCUUCUUCAUUCGCAGACACUGCAGCUUCAAAGAGAAGUGUGCUCGUGUCCAUUGGCACCUACCUUACAGAUGGCAGGUAUUAGAUGGCGAUGGUGUGACCUGGAAGGACCUGCCUAAUAUGGAAGACAUUGAGAAGGCCUACUGUGACCCAGGACAUGACACAAGCUGCAUGGAUCCACCAUCGCCCAGCUUAGGGAUUUUCAGCUUUCUGUCUUUUCAAAGCUCUGCAGCCCCUGAUGUGCAGUCAGUUGACUUCAUGAAAAUGACAUUUGGAGGGUCUCCAGUUCGUCGCCUGUCCACUGCCUCCUCUGUCUCAAAGCCCCCUCACUUCAUUCUUACAACACAGUGGCUUUGGUACUGGAAGGAUGACAGCAGUAAAUGGCUGGAGUUUGGACAGGGUGAUGGUGACACACCAGCCUCUGUCACUUCUCAAACUCUGGAGAAUGUGUACCUGGCUGACAGAGAUACUGAGAUUCCUUUUGGUGCUGGCACACAGCAGUAUAUCCUCCACUUCAAAGGUGCAGCGGGAACACAGCAGAUGUAUCAGCAGAAUGUAAAAUACAAAACCAAGAGAGAGGUCAGACGGAGGCCUUGCUUUGUGUCUGCUCAUGAUGUGGAGGUGAAGCUGAAGAGUGCUUCAUCACACAGCUCCAGCUCCUCCACAGCUGAAAGUUUCCCACCUCACUGGGACAAGAAUGCCCUACCAGAUUUUGGAUACAAGCUCGUACUUCUCUCCACAUCUGCAAAGGAGUAUAGUAUGAUUGAGAUGUUGUUUAAGCGCACCAUGCCUCAGUGUAAAAUUAACAACAUCCAGAGGAUCCAGAACCCCUCUCUGUGGAAAGUCUUUCAGUGGCAGAAAGAGCAGAUGAAGAAGAAGAACGGAGGGAAGACUGUGAAUGAGCAGUACUUGUUCCAUGGGACAGACAAGUCCCUGAUUGAAGCCAUCUGUGAGCAAAACUUUGACUGGAGGAUGUGUGGUGUCCAUGGCACGGCCUACGGCAAAGGGAGCUACUUUGCCAAAGAUGCAUCCUACUCAGACAGAUAUGCCAGUGCCAAAGGAAGCCGUAACAAGAUCAUGUUUGUUUCUCUGGUCCUGGUGGGGGAGUACACCAGGGGAAGCAGCAGCUAUGUCCGGCCCCCACCAAAGGGCAACAGCAAAACCCUCUACGACAGUUGCGUUGACCACAAGAGCAACCCCAGCAUCUAUGUUGUCUUUGAAAAACAACAGAUUUAUCCAGAGUAUCUUAUCGACUAUGCAUAAAUCACAAUUGCUGUUGUUUCCAUUUCUGAAGAUUUUGGUCUGGACAAUAUUUACUUUGACUGGAAGCAGCUAGUGGCUGUGUUAGAGGUUUGUGGGGUUAAAUACAAUUGAAAGUCCUACAUUCAAAAUCUUAAGUAAAAGUACAGAAGUUGUAUCAACAAAAUAUAUCAAAAGUACAAGUACUCUUUAUAUGGCAGGAUGGCCUCUGUGAGCGUAGUAUUAUUAAAUAUUAAAUGAAUGGGUUGUUAUUACUGAUGCAUAAUCGGUUGAGGCAGAUUGGGGUGGAGCUAAUUUGAAAAACUUUAUAUACGGUUGGGUGGUGUGAGCUAUAGCCACACAUCAGAUUUUAUAAACAUAUGUUAUAAUAUUUUCAUCUUAAGUGUAGUGGAGUAGAAGUGUAAAGUAGGAGGAAAUGGAAAUUCUUUCCAUUUUUUGGUGUGAUUAUUACUGCGCAUCCUGGUGAAUUGCAGAAUGUGUACAAACAGAAAAUAAUGCUUUUCCUUGACCAAUGUCUGUUUUUGUGAUCGGUUUCUAUUUUGUUGUGAUAAGGUUAAAGUCUAAAUGAAGGAUACUGAGGGUGACAAACUAUCUGGUGUUUUGGAAUGAAACUGUUUGUUAUGUAAUAAACAUACUAAUUAUAUAACAAUAGAACAAACCAA